AUGGCAGCUGAAGUCGACCUGCUGCGUGCGAAAGUAGAAGAAGAAAAGGUGAGAGGCAGUCUGGAUCGAUUCAUCAAAGAGAAGAAAAAGAAGAAGAAAAGGGAGCUGUCGCCGUCCGCUGACAAACGGGAGAGGUCUGAGAAAGAAGCGAAGAAAGUGAAGCUCCAUCACCACCACCACAACCACAACCACCAACACGCUGAGCACCGGACCCACCAGCCGCAUCAGCUGCAGCACAAUCCUAAACCCCACAACUUCAGCGCGGAUAAACAUGUCCUGCACAGCCAUCACCAAGGCCACCACCAUCACCACAAUCACGGUCUCACCAACGGUGCAAAGAAGAACCUGCAGUCGGCUUUGCCUCCCCCUCCUCCUCCGCCGCCGCGGAAGGUACCGGAGCAGCUGCAGAAGAAGCGAGCGGUGCCCUCCGAGCCACCUGCGCUCUUCACUUUCACGCCUCUCAAAGUGGUCAAGGCCAAGCCCCAGGAUUUCAAAGAAAAGCACAGGGACAAAGACCUGAAACUGAAGCUCAAGAAGGAAAAUACAGAGGCCAACGUGAAACACGGGGAACUGAAGAAAAAGAAGGAGCCAAGGCCUCACAAUGAGAACAUCAAGUCCCUGACACUUGAGGAAUAUCUCCUUAAGAAGAAAAAGAAGAAGAAGAAGCAUCGCGAGGAUGAGCACAGUGCCAAGAAGGUCCGAUACAUGCACAACAAAGCAGUUCAGACUGUAUGUGCAGGGCUCGGAGCAGAUCUUACUCUCCCCGUUCGCCCUGAUCCGUCUCUGCCUGGCACAACGAAGCACGAAAGUCACCAGCCGAGCAGAGACACUGUAGACAACCACCAACCCUACCUCCACGCUCUCAAGCUGGGACACGUCCCCUUCCUCUCCCACCAAGAUCACUACAUCCGCAGCUCCUCACUCCAGACAGGCACCUGGUGCGGACGUCUCAUGCAUGAGGAAAGGCAAGCCAAUGGUGGGGGGUCGGUCCUGCACGCUUAUGCUGAUGAGUUAGCUUGUCUCAGUCCGGCUGAGAUGGAGUGCUUUGCCCAGGAGUUCCUGGAGCUGGCCUUUGCUGAGAAGCCUAGAGGCGCAGCCUCCUAUGCCUUGGCAGUGGUUCACAGUGCGGCCGCCUACCUACCUGACUUCCUGGACUACUUUGCCUUCAACUUCCCCAACACACCAGUCAAAAUGGAGAUACUGGGCAAGAAAGAUAUUGAGACCACAACUAUUGCCAACUUUCAUUCUCAGGUGAACCGUACUUACUGUUCAGGAACGUACCGGGCCGGACCCAUGAGGCAAAUCAGCUUGGUGGGAGCUGUGGAUGAGGAGGUUGGAGACUAUUUCCCAGAGUUCCUGGACAUGCUGGAGGAAUCACCCUUUCUCAAGAUGACCUUACCAUGGGGAAGCCUCUCCAGUCUGAAGCUGGACUGUCGCUCUCAGAGUGAUGAUGGGCCCAUCAUGUGGGUGCGACCAGGAGAACAAAUGGUACCCACUGCUGACAUGCCCAAGUCUCCUUUCAAACGACGCAGGUCUAUGAAUGAGAUAAAAAAUCUGCACUACCUGCCGAGGGCCAGUGAACCCAGAGAGGUUCUGUUCGAGGACCGGACUAAGGCCCAUGCUGACCAUGUAGGUCAGAGUUUUGACUGGCAGAGCACUGCUGCUGUUGGGGUACUGAAGGCAGUGCAGUUUGGAGAAUGGAAUAACCGGCCUCGGAUAACCAAAGAUGUAGUGUGUUUCCAUGCUGGGGACUUCAAUGAAGUUGUCCAGAGACUGCAGCUUGAUCUGUAUGAGCCCCCAGUGUCUCAGUGUGUCCAGUGGGUGGAUGACGCCAAGCUCAACCAGCUGAGGAGGGAAGGCAUCCGCUAUGUCCGUGUCCAGCUCUGUGACGACGACAUUUACUUCAUCCCAAGAAACGUCAUCCAUCAGUUCAAGACAGUGUCUGCAGUCUGUAGCCUGGCCUGGCACAUUCGUCUCAAACAGUACCAUCCGGAGGAGAAGGUCAAGGAGGAGGAGCAGCAGCCCAAUGAUCUGAGCCCCACCACAGGCCGAGUCUCUUUUGCCUCCCCUGCCAGGCCUGAUGCCACUGUAACCCCCUGUGCAAGACCACAGGGAGACAACAUCCGAGGUGGGGUGGCCAAGACUGAAGAACCAGAGUUCCAAAGGCCAGCAACACCUCCCCAGGAGCCUCAGCCAGCCCCUCCACAGCCCACCAAAUCUACUCACUUGCCCCCAUUAUACCAGGAUCCCCACUUUUCCUUGCCACCAGUCCACUCUGGCUGUACAUCUUCAAAAGAGCCUACAUUAUCAAAAGCUUUUGGCCACGCUGCAGAGUUUCCUAAAUGAUCUUUCUCCCCCUCAACAACCUUUCUCUCUGUCCACUAUGGGAGAAGUGUAUGUGAAGGAAUUUUACACUAAAACUGACAGCUGACUGUCAAUCAGGAAGCCUUUCAACUUAAAUUAUUCUUCACACUUUUUUAAAUCUUUAAAUGUUGGUUAAAAUGUCCCCUGUGUUUGUUUUUUUUUCACCCAAAGUAUACUGUUUAAUCAGAUAUUUUUUAUGUGGUCACACCUAACCUGGAACUCUCUACCGUCUCAUUGCUCAGUUGUUGUAAUUUUGGCAGAAUUAUUUCAUUGAAGAACUGCACGAUGCUGAUAUUAUACUGCUCUAUUAGUUUCACUGAGAGAGGCAUGUAGACUAACCAUACCCAGAAGAUACUGUGGCGUUGUCAGUGGAGCCAGGCCUUUGGUACGUGAAUCAAAAGCACAGCACAUACUGGAAUUCAUGGAUUGGCCACAGCCGGUAAAGUAAAAUCAAAACAAUAAGUCUUUUAUUUUGAAAGAAAUUGAGGGAGAGACAUUUUGCUUUAUUUUCAAACUAAGUGACAUACAAUUAUCUAAUUAUGCUGCAAGCACUUUUUUCUCAGCUUUAUAAGUUGCAGUUACCGCAAUUCUUUAUUUAAAUGCCAUUUUAUACAGUGCCGUUUUUCUUACUGUUGAUACUGUUUUUGAUAUUUUAUUUAUUUUCUUAAGAUUAAACUUAACAUAUGAACACAGGUUUAUAACCAGUGAUGGAAUAUUUAAGAUAAUCUAAUUAUAGGAGCUCCUCUAAAUGACAAAGGAAUUACAGCUAUUGAUGUUAGUAAUAAUAGUCUGACUCUUUUCUUCAGGUGUGGAGUAUGUCUUCAGAAUUUGGUAUGUAAAUAUUAUUUUAUGUUGUUAUCACUGGGAAUAUGUGAAUGCUGACGGUGCACUCAUUCUUCAUUUGAUUAAAAUCCAUUCACACUUUUUGUUUUAACUGGUAAUGUCACUAUGAAGGCACUGUUGUGGAAGGCUACCGUGGUUGCAUCCCAUUUUCUGAGUGUAAUUUUGUGGUAUCAGAUCAGUUGUUUUUCUUAUAGGUCUAGAAUUUUUUACAGAAUGAGGCAUCCUACAAAUUCUGCCCUAAAAUACUUUAAAGGAGCUAUUUAUAAGUUUUGCUAUUGCUACAUAGCUAGCGUUAGCAUCAACAGUUGUUUACUUACAAGUCUUGCCAAGAGCCAUUAUUGCGUUUAAAAGACAAGAGGUUAUAAUAUGUCCUCUGAGCAGCGCCACUUCUUCAGGCCAGCCUGGACGCCACGGUGACUCACUAUCAGAAAGUGACAAGAUGGUUCGGCUGGACUGGGGUUAGCAUGCUAACUUCACUAGAAGAAAAGAAGUGAU